UAAAUAAUGCAGUUUGAGUUUGAUAAAUAAAUGAGAUUUCAGAAUAGGAAAUAGGAAACAGGAGUAGUAGAAAACAGUAUUUUUUAUGGCAUAUAUUCUUUGAUUUGAACUUAAGUCAAUGACUAUUGUUAGUUAAUAAAAAAAGGAAUGUCUCAAUUAGCGAGAUCUUUUCAAAGACUAUCAUUAAAUAAUACUUUUAUUGAUAUUCAAAAAGUAUUUAUACGAGGUAAAGCUAAAUAUGUAGAAAAACCUACAACCGGGCAUGGGGUUGCUUUUCGGCGAAUUAUUCAUUUUCCUGAAAAGUAUACAGUAAAACCAUUAAAUGUUACAAACUUGGGAGGAAGGGAUCCUCAAUCAGGUAGACUAGUAGUCAAAGGAAUUGGCGGUGGAAUUAAACACAAAUAUCACUGGAUUGAUUGGAAAAGAGUAGGUCCUAAAGAGGGGCCACCUUUGGUUGAGAGGGUUAUUAAGAUUAUAAAAGAUGGAUGUAGGACAUCUAAUGUAGCAUUGGUAGCAAGUGCGGACAAGCUAAAAUAUAUUUUAGCAACAGAAAACAUGAAGGUUGGAGAUCUAAUUAAGACAUCGUGUCACAUACCCAGAAUACCAGUAAGGGCUAAUGAAGGCGAUGCUUAUCCAUUAGGAGCCUUACCAUUAGGUACACAAAUUCAUUGUGUAGAAAAAUAUCCAGGGUUAGGGGGUUUUUUGGUUCAUUCUGCAGGAACGUAUGCUACAAUUCUCAGAAAGGCGCCAAAUAAUCAUAUCGUUAUAAUGACGCCAAGCAAAAAAGAAUUUAGUUUACCUGAAGAAUGUAUGUGUACAGUUGGAAGGCUGAGUAAUAUUGAACAUUCUAGUACACCUAUUGGCUCAGCUCAAAAAAAUAGGGAACUUGGUAACAGACCACGGUCAGGAUUGUGGCAAAGGAAGACAGGCAGACAUGGAAGGAAAAUUAGAAGGCCACCACCAACUAAAACUAUUGUUGCUCCAAAUGCAGAAAAGAUAGAUGAAAUUAUAUUCAGUUCUGAUCGUUAUUUUGUUAGAACUUUGAGGAGUCAAUUUCAUUAUUAAAUAGAAUAUACCAUUUUUAUGAUGCUUCUUUUGUGAACUUAUAGCAAAAUACACCAUAAUUAAAUUACUGUUACACCAUUAAUAAAAUUACUACCUCAUUUAU